AUGGCAACGUUACUUCCUCAAAAACCCCAAGCACAGGGCACUUAUACCUUUGCCAGUCAACCUAGAGCAGUGCAACAAAGGAAAAAAUAUAGAGAUGCGGGAGAUAUAGGUGGAGAUAUAGGAGGAGGGACACAGGGCCCUCCACAAUAUGGAAACAUUAUGUAUGAUAAAAGAAUUGUUCGUGGUAAUACAUAUGCACAACACACACUGCCUGCGCAUGCACAGCCGGAUCCAAUCGAAAUUCAAAGACAACAAGAAAACAGACGUCGUGCAAUAGCUAAAAAGCGGGCAAAAGAACAACUACGCCCCCGAUCUCCUGAGCCUGUAGAGGGUCGUAAACACAUAGAUGUACAGACUGAGCUGUAUCUGGAAGAACUCAGUGACCGUGUGGAGGAGGCUGAUGUAGAAGUACAAACAGAUGCCUUCCUUGACCGACCACCAUCACCUAUGUUUGUCCCAGCAAAAACAGGGUUGGACAUAGCUACACAGAUCUUGGAUGGAGAUCUAUUUGACUUCGAUGUGGAAGUGAAGCCUAUCCUAGAGGUGUUAGUGGGUAAGACAGUAGAACAAGCAUUACUAGAGGUGAUGGAAGAAGAAGAACUAGCAAACCUGCGCUCACAACAGCGCGCCUUCGAGGAGCUGAGGAAUGCAGAACUGGUGGAACAACAGAGAUUAGAGGAACAGGAGCGACGACACAGAGAAGAAAAGGAAAGACGUAUGAAACAACAGAGAGAAAUCCUGAAAAAGGAGCACGAAACUUCAGAAAAAAUUGCUGCCAGAGCAUUUGCUCAGAGCUACCUCGCCGAUUUGGUGCCAACAGUGUUUGGAACAUUAUCAGACAAUGGUUACUUCUAUGAUCCUGUGGAAAGAGAUAUUGAACAGGGAUUUAUGCCAUGGUUGAUGGACCAAGUCAAGGAACAGUUACACAAGUCUCAGCUUGGCAGAAUGGUGCUAGAUGGAAUCCUGCGAGAGGUGGUCAGCAAACGUUUCGAUCAGUAUGCCAAAUUAGACGAAAAAUUAAGGGAAAUGCUGGGGGACACGUUAGAACCAGCGGUGGAAGGCGACAGCUCAAACAAUGCCACAGAGGAAGUGCCACCCCCUGCCGCAGCCACAACCACAGAGGCUGAGAAACCGGCAGAACCCACUGAGGAGCCUGCUGAACAGAAGGCCGAUGAGAGUGGAGGAGGAGAACAGCAGCCAGAAGGAGGAGAAGCCGAAGAGGAAGAGGCUGGAGAGCCAAAGGAAUAACUCUGAUAAAACUAUAGAAUAUAUAAUAUAAUAAAUGUACCAACAGGAAAAACCCGGUAAUGAAGUGGUUCAUACAGAGUCUCACCCUACACCGGAAUAAAAGUGAGGUGAAUGGAACAUUGCCAGAUUUAUUGUGAUAUUUAUUGUCGUCCUCUUGUUAAAGAGUUUAGUUUUCUAUUUCUACAGAAAAUA